AUGUCAUACUUUAUUUCAGGGAAAUUAACUUUCAUUAAAAACCAGUUUUCAGUUGAGUUUAAUCAAGUACGGAAUAAUCUCAGGGUAAGAGAUGGCAUACCAAGACCACAACAAGUUUUAGCCAAUUGUCUAAUUGCACAACAUUUCCAGCUCUUUAAUAAAGAACAGGGCCUCUUGAUGUUUUUGCGAAGCACCGGUCACCAAAAUAAUGGAUACUUAUGUUCAAAGGGAAAUUGGACCAUGUGCGCAGCCACGAAGAAAGCUGUUCUUCUAUAA